UUUAGUUGAAUAAUAUUUAUUUGAAAAUUCUUUAAUUUUAGUUAAAAAGCUAUUGUGAAUUUAAAACUUGUAGAAACUUAAAAUAAUAAUAUGGUACUUAUUAAAGUGAACUUAAUUCUUUUUUUUCUUCAUAAAAUCAAUUCGAAUUAUGUUGUUAAUCUAAAAAAUAUCACUAUGAAUGACUUAGUUCUUCUAAAAAUCGACUACAAAAAUAUUAUGGGAUUACAGCUUAAAGAUCAUUUAUUUUAUAGUAGAUUAAAUAUGGAUAAAAUGGUGUGCCCAAUACCAUGGAGUCAUACAGGACACUAUGACGAAAUUAUUUAUGGAAAGAUAGAAAUAGCUAAUAAAAGUUUGUCACGUGUGGUUCAUGCUUGUUUUUUGAAUGGAAAAUAUUCACUCGGUUAUGCAAUUAUUUUGAAUACUAUUGAAAGUAUAGGCAUUACGUACAUUUAUCGGUUCUGCGAAUUUGCAAGAGAAAUGAACAGAAGACAAAUAAUACUGACAAAUUAUUAUAACGAUUUCAGUGAAAUACUUUAUUUGUUAAGAGUGAUAUUUAAUAGAGAAUGGAUUUCAUUAGAUCCUUACGAAUGUCUUAUAAUUGUUUACAAGAAACAUAAGAGCAAGUACACAAAUUUUGAAUUUAACAAUCUAGAUGAAGACUACAGAAGCGACUUAUUUAGCUGUAUGGAGUCUAUGAAAAUCAAAAUAAAUUUUGUUGAUGUUGAAUCCCCAUUAAGACCAUUAGAAAAUUUAUCUAAUGAAGAACUGUUUAUCUUGUGGCAAAAUGAUAAACAAAAUAUUAUUAAAUUGUAUAAUCUAGAUAAAGGUUAUUUAUUUUAUUUAAAGAACAUGGAUGGGGAUAGAGCGGAAAACUCAUGUAUUGUGUGCAUGAAUCCUGAAUACAUGGUCAAAAAAAUCUAUAGUUUUGUGCCGUGUGGACAUAGCUGGUGUUGUAAUAAUUGUUUGCACAAAAUUGAUAAGUGUCCUUUGUGCCGCCAGAACUAUUCAAAUUACCAGGUUAUGAAGGUGAUAACACCGUCAAUUUCAUAUGCAAAAAUUGAUCGAGAAAAAAUACCUAGAAGUUUAAUUGGUCAAGAAAAUAUGCGUUGUAUAAACUGCCUUCGCCUGAUAAAAGAUGCUGUACCAAAAAAUAAAUACAUAGUUAUUCCUUGUGGUCAUGGAUGGUACUGUAAUGAUUGCGCAAUACGAGAAAGGUGCAUAGUAUGCGAUAAAAAAGUUAAGGAUAAAAUUCGUAUAUAUCUGUAAAUAUUUUUUAGUAAAAAACAAUUGAAAUGUAGGAGAAUUGAUAUAGUCAUAAAAUGAGAAUUGCGAAUUUACAUAGGUUACUCUAGAUUCACUAAUGGUUUUCUCAUGGAGGGAGAAAAAUUCCCAAUAUGUUCAACGUGCAGUAUAUCCUUACAAAAAUAUACUUAAAAACUGCAGAUAAUAUUAAGACGCUUUAAAAAUUUUUUAUAAUAAUCCACCCAGAUAAUGAUAUUAAAUUAAUUAAGUUUUUUAAAAAUACAUAUUUAUUAUGACAAUUGUAAAUAACAGCACUAAUUAUGCAAAUACAAAUUCUAAUCUAUAUUUCUAGUUUUUAUAUAGUUAUACUUAUGUAGACACAACUUUUUAGACUUAAGUAUUUAUGUAGAUAUAUUGUUUGUUAAUGACCAUUGAUGGCAAAACAUGUAAUAAAAAUAUAAACGUGAAUUCAAGUUAAGGUUUACUUUGCUUCUAUUCAACUCGACGUAACACUACCUAAAAGUCAAAAA